GUCGAUCGGCCCGCCCGAUCACACACCACGUGUCCUAUCUUCGCCUCCUCCCCUUUGCUCCGUCUCCUUCUCCCUCGGUCUCUCUUUCAGAGGAAGCCGACGACGACGGCUCUGACUCUCCGCCAUCUCCCUCUCCUUCUUGCUCCCUCUCUGCCACCCCGUCACCCCCGCCAUCGCCAUGAGCUUCGCCAUCGAGCGAGCUUUCAGUAAUCAGUUGCUGAUGCCACGGGGAGAGAUCUCAGCCAUCCGCCAAGUGCAUCAUCCGCGGAUCAGCCCUGACUUCAUGCGCCUUGCGCAGUUUUUCUGCACUGCGGGCGUGUACGGCGCAACAGAGUUCCGGUUCACGAGCAAUCCCCAGGUGGUGGUGCUGGCCGAGGCAACGACGUUCCAAUGGCGAGUGGCCCCAGGAAUUAGCCACGUGUCUACCGUGGUAGUCUUCAGCGGCGAUAUCACCGCCUUCGAUUCGGCGCGGCAAACCGCCAUCAAAAGCACCUUGUACCAGUGGGGUCGUGAUCUGGCCACUGAUUGGGAUCGACGGCUCACAAGGCACGAUGACGAGUAGUUCGUUGAACUCUCGUUCUGCCUGCUACGAGUGGAUCUGAACUGGACGUGGGAAGGCGAUCGGAGGCCCGCGUCAGAGACCGUGGAGCUGCUCGUCAUUCAGGCGUGGAAGACCAACGUGGCGGGAGACCUUCUGGGAUUCGUCUUUGGAGCAGUGGAUCGGGGAAACCGAUCACAGAUCGUGCGCGAACUUACGAUCGUGAUCGCGCGACAGGCCGACGAACUCCCCCUCGAUAUCGGCUCUCAGAGUGACGAAGAGCCCUUGCCACAUACCCUCUCAAGGACUCUCGCCCCGAGCCUCCAGUGGUCGGCUUGUAUCGAGGAGCGCUGGGCGGACGACCGUUUUCCCUCUCGCAGCGAGUACCUGGACGUCCACAGCCUAACUAAUCCCCGCUUCUUUCGGCAACCAACGGCGUUCAAGUGGGCGGCGCUAAGAGCAAAAGAGGAGGCAGAAGAAGAAUCAGAAGGAGAAUUGAGGAGAGAGGCCGGAGAAGCAGCGGCCCGGUUGGCUGAGGACGAGGAGGAAGAACGCGAAGCAGAAGAAGAGUCGGCGGAAGCUGAAGAAGAAGAAGAAAAAGAGGAAGCAGAGGAGGAGACUUCGGAAGAGGACCGGAUCGACGAGAGGAGGACCCUGAGGCUGCCGCGCAGCGCAAGAAAGAGGUCGCGGAGGGAAAGCGGUCGGCGAUCGACUCCGCAUCGAACGAUCCUUCCAAGGAUCCCGAGCCGCCCAAGCCGGAACAUGGGGACCUUGCUGCCACAACCUCGAGGGCCGUGACGACAAGGCGCCGACCCCGAUCCCGAUCCCCGUC